UGGUCAUUUACAUCACCCCGCCAUAUAACGCGCCUUGCAAUCGAAGCUGAUUAAACCAAAAGCGAAAAUGACGAAAUCUCACUCUCACUCUCACUCUCACUCUCACUCUCACUCUCUGCUUUCUGAGACUGGCAACUAAAGCAGUGAGUAACUGAAAAUGCCGGAGAUUGGUUUUCAGGAUCAGAGCUCGUCGAGAUCGGGUUUUAGAGCUCGCGAUGCUAGUCCUGAUUCUGUGAUUUUCACUCUCGAGUCCAACUUUAGUCUCUUCUCUUCUGCUUCUGCCAGCGUUGAUCGAUGCUCUUUUGCUUCCGAUGCUCAUGACCGUGACUCUCUCGCUUCUGAAAUUUCUCUGCAUUUGGCAGGACAUGAAGCUCCAUCUUGUGGCGGCGGCGUCGGUGGUAGUGACCUCCACGAUACUUCAAGUGGUCCAGAUCGAGAUGCUGAUCCAAACAAACUCAUCACUGUAUACAGCAAUACCAAGCACGCUCUCUCUCACUCUCGUAUCUUCAGAAAAGGUGAAAAGGAGAAAUGUACGGUUCAAAAAGAAGACAACAAAGGUACUAUUGAAGUAGAAGACGAUAGCCAUCUCUUAGAUUCGGCGAGAAGCUCCUUCUCUCUUGCUCUUAAAGAGUGUCAGGAACGGAGAUCCAGAUCUGAAGCGAUUUCGAAGAAGCCAGACAGGAGAAGACCUGCUUCGCUGGAUCUGAACAAUGUUAUUGCUGCGUCAUCGCCGCGAUUGGGUGCCAUGAAAACGAGCUCGAUUUCCCGCAGGUCCGGUAUGUUUCCUAGUCCUGGCACUCCAAAUUAUCGCCAGGCUAGUCUUGGAAUGCAGAAGGGUUGGAGCUCGGAGCGAGUGCCAUUGCAUACUAAUGGUAAUAGGCGUCAAGUAAAUGCUGCAUUAUUGCCUUUGAAUAAUGGGAGGACGUUGCCGUCGAAGUGGGAGGAUGCUGAGAGAUGGAUAUUAAGUCCUGUUUCUGGAGAUGGUGCAGCGAAAACGUCAGUUCAACCUCCUCAGCGGAGGCCAAAGUCGAAGAGUGGACCGCUUGGGCCUCCAGGGAUUGCGUAUUAUUCGUUGUAUUCUCCUGCCAUGCCAGUAUUUGAAGGGGGGAAUGCCGGAAAUUUUAUUGCAGGUUCUCCGUUUUCAGCUGGCGUUACUGCAGCGGAUGGAUCGUCUAUUCCGUCUAAUGGUCAUGGUAUGAACUUUCCUAUGCGGACAGAACCUUGCAUGGCCCGUUCAGUUAGUGUGCACGGGUGCUCUGAGGGUUUGGCCCAGUCUUCAUUGCCGACCCAAGAUGAGAAGCUUGAUGGUAUGAAGAAUGCAGCAACUGAUAUAACUUCUGCUGUUUCAAGAAGGGACAUCGCAACCCAAAUGAGUCCAGAGGGUAGCAACCAUUCAUCUCCAAGCAGGAGGGCUUCAUUCUCUGUUUCCAGUCCAUCUGCCCUAACUAUUCUGGAACUGCAGGGUAUGCAUUCCACCAAAUCAGAAGUCAGGGAUGUGCAGGUGGAUGAAAAGGUGACAGUCACGAAGGGGUCUAAGAAACAUAGGGCUCGCACCCAGGGUAAGAGAUCAGAAAUUGUGGAUGACUGGAGGAAGAAAAGUGCUGAUGCUCGAUCUUCAGGUUGGGAUGUUUCAGAAGCUGCAAAGAGCAUUUCAAAGGCAAAAAGAGAGGAAGCCAAAAUCAGUGCGUGGGAGAAUCUGCAGAAGGCAAAAGCUGAGGCAGCAAUAAGGAAACUUGAGAUGAAGCUUGAGAAAAAGAGAUCAUCAUCCAUGGAUAAAAUUAUGAACAAGCUUAGAUCAGCUCAGAAGAAAGCCCAAGAAAUGAGAACCUUGGUAUUAUCCAACCAGGCACACCACGUUCCCAGGACUUCUCACAAGGCUAUGUCAUUCCGCAGAACCCGUCAAAUGGGGUCCUUGAGCGGUUGCUUCACAUGCCACGCUUUCUAGUGUCUCAACUUGCCAAUAUUGUUGUCUUUUAAUCAGCUUAACAUGCCGUGAAGGUUUUUUAGAUUCUUGAUCAGGUUGAAGUGGAAUUACACCUGCAGCAGAAGGCAGUGUACAGAAGCAGACAACUAAUGUACAGACACUAUUUUGGUGUCAAUGCAGUUUUACAGGCGAGAGAAGCUGAAGUAUUUCCAUUAAAAUUUAAGUGGCAACAUGCUUGGUUGCAGCGUUCCUGGCCCAACUUAUCCAGAAAUUGGGCUGAUAAAUCUUGUGUGGUGUGUAUGUAUGUAUGUCAGCAAUUAUAUUUCCUCAUAUACUGCAUUUUGCUUGGCUUCCUUCCAAGUUUAAAAUAAAUUCUGUAAGGAGGUCAAUUACACUGAGCAUUCUAUUGGUUUAUUGGUCAAUAGAACCUCCAAAUCCUGGAAUUGCUAUUC